AUUCAUCACUCACUCUUUUUAACUUCUAUUCUUCAAAAGUCCCAAAAUCAAUUUGAUAUGGGUGCAGAGAAGAUGGAUCGUAUCGGAAGUCUACCCGAAGAGGUUCUUUCUCAUAUACUAUCUUUCCUGACGACAAAGGAAGCUGCUAUAACCUCGAUUCUCUCCAAAAGAUGGCGCAAUCUCUUUACACUCGUCCCUAACCUCGACAUUGACGACUCUGUGUUUCUUAAUCCGGAGGAAGGUAAGCGGGAAAGAGACGGUAUCCUCCAAAGCUUCAUGGAUUUCGUGGAUAGGGUUCUAGCUUUGCAGGGUGAUACUCCCAUCAAGAAAUUCUCCUUGAAAUGCAAAACUGGUAUCGACACGGAUCGUGUGAAUCGUUGGAUACGUAACGCCCUUCAGCGUGGCGUUACAAGCCUUGAACUCGUCCUCGAUUUUCCUAGACACGGUGAUGACAGUUAUAUGUAUUUACUGCCUGUUGAGAUGUUUGUUAGUACCAAACUGGUCGAGCUGAGUUUAAGAAGCGAUUUUGGUGUUGAUUGGUGGCGUGGAGGUACAAACACUUUCUUGCCAAUGCUUAAGACUCUCACCUUUGAAUCUAAGUGGAUUCUGCUGUGCGAUGAUCUCGAGGUGUUUCUCUCUGCUUUCCCUCUUCUUGAGGAGUUCUACAUGGCUGAUAUUGCGUGGCCGGAAACUGAUGAAUCCGUGUCAAGUCAAAGCCUCAGGAAGUUAACUAUCCAUGCCUGCGGUUUCGAAGACUUUCAAAAUCCGAUGAGCAUUUCUUUUGAUACUCCGAAUCUUGUUUACCUUGCGUAUUCUGAUUAUGUUGCUGCCGAUUAUCCUAAAGUUAACUUGCCCAAUCUAGCUGAGGCUUUACUCGACUUUAAAGUGACUGGACAUCAGAUUGAUUUAAUACGAGAACCGGAUGAUGAAGAUGAGGUUUCUCUACGUCUUGGAAAUGUGUGGAAGCUCAUAAGUGGCUUAAGAAAUGUUAAUAAACUUUUCAUUUCUGCUGAGACUCUUGAGGUGCUGUCUCUAUGCUGUGAGUCAAUGCCGGUGUUCAACAACCUCAAAUUUCUAGGUAUUAUUAGUGCUGCGGAUCUGGGAUGGCAAGCGAUGCCGGCUCUCUUAAGGAACUGUCCACAUUUAGAAACUCUAAUCCUUAAGGGUCUCUUACACCAUGUGACUGACAAGUGCGGGGAUGUUUGUGACUGCAUAACUCGGGAGGACAAAGGGCGUUCACUAUCAUCAUGUCCAGUGAAGAAGUUGGAGAUCAGAGGGUUUCAAGGAACAGUUAGAGAGAAAGAGAUGAUAAGGCAUUUCUUGGAGUCUUUCCCAUGUCUGGAUGAGAUGGAAGUAUAUGCCGACCAGAGUGAUAAUGAUCCUACAAACGUGGAAGUAAAUAGAAUUUAUAAAAUCGUUGCAUACAAGGUCCACGUGGAGGAGGGUUCGACGGAGACUGUGCUACAAUCGAAGACUAUGUCCCAAACCCAGAUGGAGGAGAUCUCCUCUCAGUUUACACCCCGCAAUAACAGAAAUAAGUAUGAUAUGGUUUACAUCUUGCAUGGAGCUCCUCCUCCUCCUCCUCCAACACCUCAGGAUAUGUCUGAGCACUACUACCUUAAAGAGCAGCUCGAUGCUGCUAAGUCCAAACUUGCGAAACUUAAUGAGUUUCUUAAGGAACUGCUACAGGUCCCUGAUGCUAUUGCUAUCUUUGAUAGAAUUGUUGAUCAGAACACGAUGAUAGCAUCAGCAUUGAAGGCUCGACAAUCUGCUGCAGAAUCAGAGGCGUCUAACGAUCAGGAGAAGAAGCGGGACUUCGGGGCUCUUUUUGAAAUCAUAGCCGACCUAUAUCCAGAUUUUGCAUCAGCGUGGAAGGAUAGGCGUGGGACCGACUUAGAACGAGGGGAAACGUCAAGGGAUCAGUUGGAGAUGACCGAGCUCGACCAAACUACCUCCACAGCUGUGGCAGCGCAGAUCUUUUCCCCCUAGAUGGACACUAGAUCAUCUUGUAAAACUUGUAAUUAUUUUGAACUACAAUUUAAUAUACUAUAUUAAUAUAUUAUGGUUCACUUAAGCUUAAGUAUAUAGUAUUUAUUAUUACGUUUAA